CCCAUAAUAAUAGUCGUUCUCACUGAGGAUACACAAUCAAUGCCUUGGAGUAUUCUUAUAUUAUGCUCCAGAUGAUCUACUGUUUGUUGGUCUACAGUACAUGAGACAGUAUUUCUACUUUGUGUGUGUGUCUUUGCAGCAACCCUUCCGACCUGAUGACGGGCCCCAGGAGCAGCAGGUGCAGCAGGAGGACGAGCGGCCGGUCUCGGCCCACGUCCCUGUGGAUGAAGAUGAGGGUGAGCUGGAUGAGCGCGGCCGGCACCAGCAUGAAGGCGACGGUGAAGGCCAGCCAGUGCCGGUCGUCCGUGCGGCCGUAGCUGGCGCACAGCGCGGCGGCGUUGAGCAGCUCGGCGCAGUAGAGCAGCGUGGCGAGCAGCACGCCCAGCGGGGGGCGCGCGCGGCUCGGAUUCACCACCACCACCACCACCCCGCUGUCCGACGCCGAGGGCUCCGCGUACGAAAUCUCCCUCUCCUGCUCCUCCAUGGUACCGCCCGCAGAGAAAAUGGUGGCCGGCGUGCGCGCCUUGCUCACUUCAAGACGACAUGUUCAACCUGAUGAGCAACUGCUGCGGCUGGUUCUCCAAAAUCCAGGAGCCAAUCAGGCGAGUGACCGUUCUGGUGGUCGGUCUCGACAAAGCAGGAAAGACGUCCUCCGUCCGAGGCAUGUUAAGAGUCCCCCACGCCGUGGAGGGAGGCCCCACCCACGGCUGCGCGAGGAGCGAGCUGAGAGUGGAGAAUUAUCUGGUCACCUUGCUGGACGUGGGCGGCUCGUCGGAGUCGCAGGGGGCCUGGGGGGAGUUUUACGGCGAAGCGCACGGUUUCGUCUUCGUGGUGGACUCCGGCGACCGGCCGAGGAUCAAGGAGGUCAAGGAGGUCCUGGCUGACCUGCUCAAGCAGCCCAGAGUGGCAGGAAAACCCAUCCUGGUCUUGGCUAACAAACAAGACAAAAUGAACGCCCUGCUGGGAAGUGAGCUGAUCGAGAUGCUCUCAUUGGAGAAGUUGGUCAACCAGAGCCGCUCUCUGUGCCAUAUUGAGCCUUGUUCGGCCUUAAUGGACCUACGGCGCCGGUCGGACCGGAAGGCGUUCCGAGGCCUCCGCUGGCUGCUGCGAGCCGUCUGUCUGGAUUACCCGCGGCUGUGCGCCCGCGUGGCGCGGGACAGCAAGAGGCCUCCGGAGCCCAGAGAGCGGAACGGCAAAUCGGAGAAGCCGAGAAGAAGAAACAAGAGUCGACGCAGCAAGUCGGACCUCCGUCAGGUUCACAGGCCAAAGGACAAGGAAAACAUGAGCAAAGGGGAAGGAAAGUUGCAGCCCAUCCGGGACAUACUGCAGAAGGAGAACACACUGAAAAAGACGCUGAAGAAAUCCACCAGGAGGAAGAAAAGGCUCAUCGAAGCCGACGUAGACGAGCAAGCGGACGCGACGGCAAACGAGCGGGAGGAAGAAGAGGAGGAGGAGGAGGAGGAGCCCGGCCGAGGCGAGCGCGACAACGCCGGCCGGCCGCGCAAAACCGGCAGCGCGCUCGGCCCGCCCGGUAAGGCGAGACCGCGACAGAAGGGCAAGGCCAACGACGACACCCCCGAUGCGCAAUCGCCGCGCGACGACCACAAGCCCCUCAGAGCCAAGGGGCAAAAGAGGAAAAAGAAGAAAGGUGCGAAAGUUAAAAGGAGGAACAAGAUCAACACGGAAGGAACGCCUGGAGCGUCGUCUCAAGCCGUCGACCUCUCGGCCACAUUUGAUCUUUACCGAAAAGCCAUACUGGCUCUGAAGAAGCGUCAGGAGGAUCGAGGACAAUGACAGAGGAAACCUGCUCGUGUGGCAU